CAAAAGAGAAGAACAAGUGCAGAAAGCCGGCUGCCUCUGGUGUCUGCUGCUUCUUCCUCCUUCCCUCCCACCAUCCUCUCUCUCUCUCUCUCUAUCUCUCUCUCUCUCUCUCUCUCCCUCUCCCUCUCCCUCUAGCUCACACACAUCCCCAUCUCCAUCCACACCCACACCCAAGGAUACCCUCCCUGCCUCUCUGCCUCUGUCUCUCUCACACCAGUCCUUCUCCUCCUCCCCCUUUCAACCCCUUCCAACUACAUUUUUGCUAUUCCCUGCGGGGUGGAGAUGCUCGCCUGACCCCCUUUCUUUCCAAUCCAAGACUUUGGUUGGAUGCUCUCCUAUUUAAUUCGUCCCUGCUCUGCUACUUUGUUGCUACCUGUGGAGGUUCCCUGCUUUCUCUGGUUCUUCUUCUUCUGCCAGCCGUCGCACAGAGUGCAGCCCUUCAGAGAGGCACCAUGCUGGGAGUGGAUGCGUGUGAGUUUGGGGGUCAGGUGCUGGAGCUGCUGUGGCUAACUAUGUGCUACGGAGGUCUAAUGGCUGACAAGAAGGAUUUGCCUAUUGAGGACGAAGAGGAUGAGAGAAACCUCAACUACAAUCCUCCGGCUCAGAAGUCUUUGCAGGAGAUUCAGGAACUGGACAAAGAUGACGAGAGUCUGGUCAAGUACAAGCAGACCCUGCUGGGGACGGGACCAGUGACAGCAGACCCCUCUGGACCUAAUGUCUGUGUGACCAGGCUGACCCUGUUAUGUGACGAGGCUCCUGGACCACUCACCAUGGACCUGACAGGAGACUUGAGCGCACUGAAGGAGAAGACCUUCUCCAUACAGGAAGGAGCGAAAUACAGACUAAAGAUACACUUUAAGGUGAACAGAGAAAUCGUUGCUGGCUUGAGGUAUCAUCAUGUGACCUACAGAAAAGGAAUAAGAGUGGACAAGGUGUCCUACAUGGUGGGAAGUUAUGGCCCAAGGGCAGAGGACCACGAGUUUCUAAGCCCAGUUGAUGAGGCACCCAAAGGCAUGAUGUCACGCGGCCACUAUCAGGUCAAGUCCCACUUCAUUGAUGACGACAAGAACAUCUACUUGGCCUGGGAGUGGAACUUCGACAUCAAAAAGGACUGGGAUGAAUAGAGGGUGAGAGAAAGAGAGGGAUGAUGCCACUCUCUUCCCUUCUUUCAGUCCUAUUCCUCACCUCCCUCUCUUCCUUCCUCUCUUCCCCUCCACGUUGUCCCCUGCGAGCAGCCUUUGCACUGGCCAAAGCAGGUGGCGCUACUUUCCCUCCUCCUCCUCUUCCUCUUUACUUUCCACCUCUACCUUUUCUUCCUUGUCUGUUUAAUGCAGGUCUCCUGAAACCUGUGAACAACUGGGACUUUUAGAGGAGAGUCCCCCCUCUCUCUGCCUUUUAUCCCUGCAUUAUAUCUACAUCUAUAUCCCAUCCAUCCUUAGUUAUCCAAAUGAUGGAGUCCCCCUUUCCUUUUACUUUCAGUCUCCUUUCACCCAUCCUUUCCUUCUCAUCCUGUCAUGUAUCCAUACCAUUGUACAGCAGCAGUGGAUGGUCUGCAAAAGCAGGCGAUUAAAAGAAGUCAGUUGAGGCACAAAGGGAAAUACAACAUGGCAAAGUCCUUGAAUGACUCGUUACAGCUAAAGUGAAAUACACGCUUCAGUAAGCCGCCAGAGCUGCUGUUGUAGCUGUUUUCACUAGCCUGUAAGAUCCCUACAUUAUUAUUAAUAUUGUAAAGUCAUGAUAAAAUGCAACAUUGAACUGUGUGCAGUACACCAGACCAGACUUUCCCAGAAAGAGGAGAUGAUAUGUGAUACAGAGUGCAUUAUGAUGCUCAGCAGGAAUUUACACAGCAGAGAGUUGAAGCAGGGUCAUAGAGGAAGAGACCGGAGGCAAAGAUACUGUAUGAGGUGGUGUUCUGAAAACAAUGGGAAGUUAUUUAUUGUAGUUUGGAUCAAAGAUUUAUCUCACCGAUCAACACGGUUAACAGUUUGAGCUGCAGCAGAGGCUUCGACACACAGAUCAUGGAAGCCCAGUUUCUGCAAUUUAUGUGUAAAAUUGCACUGUUUCUUGGAGUCAUAACUCAGUGAAAUCUGAACACACAUGCGUGACACACAUAUUUUUAGAUUCAGUGUGACUUAUACUUCUGAACGGAUAUCAUGAUCUCUGAUAUGAAUUGCACAAUCCACAUACAAAUUGUAGGAAAAAAGAUGCUUCUUAAGAACUUGCCUGAGAAUUCUCACGUUUUUCUUCAGUAUCAGAGUAAUCCAGUGAUAGCUGUCUGUACGUCCACAGGUACAAUACAAACAGGAACUACCGAUGGCUAGUUCGGCAUAUUUUUAAAUGAGCCAAUUUGCCAAACUCAGAACAAAUACAGGCCAAAAAAGAGUUGUAGGUAACAGGAUAGCUCAUUUAAUCCAUGACACCAUUCUUAUCAGUUUAUGUGGCAUUAUGGGAGCUGUAGUUCCAAAACUUAAAGCAUGAUUAUCCCACACACAGAGCGGCAAAAUCCAGCUGACUCGAUUUUGUCUGAGGUGGAGCCCAUUGUGUCAGACUUUGAAAACCCCUGGUUUAGAAUAUAUGAGGACAAAAAAGGUGUUUGAGAGUCAGAAAUAUAACUUAAUGUGUUGGUGAGCUCGUGUAUUUUCUUUAUAUAUUUCUUUAGUUACAGCUUAUCUUUUUUUUUCAGUGCCAUAGGGUAUUGAUUGAUUGGUCUGUUGAUUGAUUAAGGGAUGAGAUUUAAGCUUGUCAUUUGAAGGAUUUAAAAAAAAAAAUUAAUCAUGUUUUCUCUUACUUUCAUAUCAUGAUAUUAACAAUUGUUUGCAAGAAUUUUGUGUUUUUCUCCUUUGAUUCUGCCUUUUGAUUGGAAUAAACUAAUCAAACAUACAUAUUUAUGUAUGUUUUAUAUAUUUAUCUACAUCAGAAUACACCAACUACAGUUUUGAUACAUUAAGUAAAAGAAUGUUUUAAAAAUCUCUCAAUAAAACAAGAUUUUGGCUUUUCAAACCAUUAAUAUUCUGGGAUGAAAAGAUUGAGAUUUACCUUUUCUCCUAAUGUAUACUACAUGCAUAAGAUCUUGGACUUUACCAACCUUUUUUUAAAGUUGUUUUUGCUUUCAAAGCACCAGUUUUCUCAAGUCUUUGUGGAGCUUUUUGAAAGAGAAGACCAAUUAAAGGCUGUAACUGAACUGUGUAUAUUGUAGAAAGAGAUGCAUGUAUGUCCUUUAGGAUUUGAUACUAUUCAGUCAGUUAAAAAUAAACAAAAUUAGCCCUUUCUAAACCUCUCUCAUAUACCAAGGACACAAGAUGUGAACAUUUAAUGAAACAUUUUAAGAUGGUAGCUGGGAGACAAUGGAGUACUGUCAGAGAAGUAUAUCAAGGGAUGAAUUAAUUCCCCUUAAAAAAAAUAAAAAAAUAUAAUUAUUGUGUUAAGUCUUUGGAUAUGAUAUUGUCAUUGUUGCUGAACAUAUUGAACAUUGAAAUACCAUUUGAAAUUGUUGUGAUCUAAGACUAACUGUAAAUGUUGGCUUGUUGGGUGUUGCAUGGUUUAACAAGAUUCUCUCUUCCUUUUUUACAACUUUAUUGUAAAAUUUAAUGUGAUUAAAAAAAAAGAUACUGACGCGAUAUCCAGAUGUCAAUGGUGGCCAGAUACUGCAGAUACAGUAUUUACAGGGAUAUUUUUAAAGACACAGAUAGCUGGAAAAAUCAGUCUGUGUCUCAUGCCCCAGCCUGUAACAAUCAAGUGCUGCAUCUUCAAAUAUUGGUGUCAAAUCUAGUAUCCUGUAUCUUUUAAUAAAGGCAAUUCAAACAACCA